UUGAGCCGCACAACAGUACCUGCAACUUGCCUGGAGCAGUCUAUUCAGACAGUGGGACAAACUAUCUGCCAACUCAAUGCCCAUUCGUAAGGGUGGCAAGGAUGAUUUCUCAGGUUCUCCUGACGGGGACACUAUGUUGCCUACUCCCAGGUUUGCUGGAUGCUACACCACUGAAGGCUAGAGCUGUGAGGGAGGUCAGCAUCGACUCUGCCCAGGCUCGUGGCUUCCUGUCUCAGUCACGCCCCAAACGGAAUGUCGAUCACAAGUGGCAUGGCGGCACGCCUGAUUUCCAGUCCUACUACAAAUUCUACAACAGCAUCGGCCAUAUUGAAGGACUGUAUGAGAUUGACAGGAUCAGGAUGCUGUAUCAGCAGAUGCGUCACCUGGAGCAGCAGGUCUAUGGGCCAGACGCCUCCAGCUACCAGAAUGCCCUGGGUGUGAUAACCCCACCACCCACCACCAUAGCUCCUACUACCACCACACUGCCUGCUACCACUCAGCCCACUCCUACUACCCAAGCACCACUUUCUUUUACUAAGACUGACGUCCUGUAUCUGUGUAACCCCAAAGACCCCCUCUGUAAAGCUCACAUCGUUUACCUGCCUGCAGGGGCCAUCCCAGUCCUCUGUGACCCACGCUACAACCCUGCCUGCAAACCCCAAACUGCUACGGUGGUCAUUGCUGCUGUACCUAUGGAGCCAGCUCCUGCAGCACCUCUGGAGCCAGCUGUUGAAGCACCACCUCCACGAUCUCCUAAGAAGUCUCUCCAACCUCCUCGUCCUCCUCCCAUCAUCAUUAAAGGGAUGGAGUAUGACUGUGACCCUUACUGGGACCCUGACUGCCUGAUCGAUCACCCACCUCGCCCUGUCAAGGCGACUGAGCCACUACCACCACCCCAUACACUCCCCGUUGUUGUGGAGAAGAAGGUGAAGGAAGACGUUGCUCUUGAGGAGACCAAAACACCUUUUAACCUGCGUGAUUUUCGGCGUGACAUAUUUGACCCUUACCGCUAUUCUGACCAAGCCCCUGACCUGCAGUAGACGAAUAAAAGAACAGAAAAUUGACAUACAAAUAAAACAGUAGUGUUAGUUUACAACCGAAGGUCAGUAAACAAAUACAGGUAGAACAAAACCAUAACAAGCCUGACAAAAUCUUGUAUUCAACGUGUGUAUGUGAGCCUGUUAUUUUCCUUAACAUUAGGACAUUUGUCUGGGUGUGGACUCUACGAGGUGUUGAAAGCGUUCCACAGACACAGUUGUCAUGUUGGCUGGAUGUCCUUUUGAUACACACGGGAAACUGUUGAGCGUGAAAAACCCAGCAGCGUUGCAGUUCUUGAAACACUCAAACCGGUGUUCCUGGCUCCGACUACCAUACCCCGUUCAAAAGCACUCAAAUAUUUUGUCUUCUCCAUUCACCCUCUGAAUGGAACACAUACACAAUCCAUGUCUCAGUUGUCUCAAGGCGUAACAAUUAUUCUUUAACCCGUCUCCUCCCCUUCAUCUACACUGAUUUGAAGUGGAUUUAACAAGUGACAUCAAUAAAGGAUCAUA